CACACAUACCCCUUCGCCCCCCAAUUUAAUCCGCUCAUAUCAGACAGUAAUUCCGCAAAAUUGUCUGUCAUGGCGGCAAGUAAAAGUGUCACCGUGAUUGCACCCAAUGGUCGACAUCAAAAUGUUAAAAUCACGCCAAAUACAACAAUUUUACAGGUUUUGGAAGAAGUUUGUCAAAAACAAGGAUAUAGCUCCAAAAAGUGGGACUUGAAGCAUUUCAAUCGAGUUCUAGAUGUUAGUUCGAUAAUUCGCUUUACAGCAUUACCCAAUAAUGCACAAUUGGAAAUGACUCCAAGAACAGCUGAAAGACAGGCAUCAGUUGUGACAGUUGGAAUACAGCUAGAAAAUGGACAAAGGUUGAUGGGUGAUUUCCCUUCAGAUUCAAGUCUUUCUGAAAUUAUAUCUAAUUUGUGUCCUGCUGAAGAUUCUGCUGACACUGUUCUUAUCUACAUGCAUCAAGAAAUUCAUGGGAAAGAAAAUUUAGAUAAUACAACCUUACAAUCCUUGGGUCUUAAUAAUGGGCGUGGCAUGUUACGAUUACUUCAUCGAGAUCCAGAAAAAUUAACUACGCAAGCUCACGUAGCAGGUCAACUUAAUCCAAAAUCUAAUCAGAAAAGUAAAGAAAAUAAUUUAAUUAAAAAAGGUACCGCGAUAGCGAGUCAAAUAAAAAAGUCUCUUGAUCCCGUUGCGUUGUUACGUAUGGAAAAAAAUAAUACACGUAAAACAAAUAACGGAGGAAAUUCUCGUAAGAAGAUGCCCGGUGGUGGUUAUGUACUGGGUAAAGGUGAUAGUAAAUCUGAAUCAACAUUAACAGCUCAAGGUCCAUCUCGACAGUCUGAAUCAAAACCACCUCAAGCUAGUACUGAGCUUGUGGAGGAUAAAGUGAUUGAAUCAAAAGAUGAAAAAAUUGAAGAACAAAUUAAUUUUAUGGAUGAAAGAAACGCCUUAGUUUUUAAUCAAGCUGGAGCUCAAGCUAUAGCUCAUGAAGAUCUUCCAGACAGCUUUUUCGAUCUAACGGUGGAUGACGCAAAAGCUUUGAUUCGUGAUGCAAAACGUCAAAGAGAACAAUUAGAAAAUGCACCUCUCACUACGAAUACCCAACGAGAAUUGGAUCGUAAUACAUCAACUUUGAGUAAACUUCAUAAAUAUCGGCGGACUAUUUUAAGAAUACAAUUCCCGAAUCAAAUGGUUUUACAAGGUGUUUUCGGUCCUCUUGAAACAGUUGAAGCAGUGAAAGAUUUUGUAAAAAAAUAUUUAGUCAACUCUGAUCAAGACUUCACUCUAUAUUGUACACCUCCCAGAAAAAAUUUAACGCCUCAGUGUCGAUUAAUUGAAGAAAAUCUCGUGCCAUCAGCUAUAAUUUAUUACUCUGGAGCUUCUGAACUUAAACCUGAAUUACAAUCUAAACUUGUUGACCCUAAGCAUGCUACACUGCAAGCUAUGGCAUCAAGAAUAAGUGAAACCCCAAAAAACCCGAUGACUCCUAAUGAUUUAAAUGCUAAUGUAAAAAUGGAAGAAAAAGUAGAAGACAAUAUUGAAAAUCAUGGAAAUCCAAGUUGUAGCACUGAAGAACCAAUAACUAUAUCAAAUAUGGAUCGAAUGAAAAGUUAUACACCGAAAUGGUUCAAAAGUGCUUUUAAAUGAACAUUAUUGUAUUUACUGUAUCUAUUAUACUGAAAUCAUGGAAUAUUUCAUCUAUUGAACGAAGAGCACAAUAGAUUUGUAACAUUUACAUCUGAUAUUCUAGACUUUAAUCAUUGUUUGUUUUUAUUUU